AUGAUCUCUGAGACUGCAUACGCAUACCGAACAACGCCUCCUGGCCAAAAAGUAAAAUACAUAGACGCAACGAGCUGGGAAAUCACCACUUGCACCGGUAGCCCAGUCUUCCCCACGGGAAAGCAGCCUGAGCUAAUGACAUUCUGGAAUGGCCCCUACACCCGCAAAGCAUGGGAUCGGGCAAGUCGUCUCGCAGCAAUCUCUUCUUCUCUAUUCCCUUACAAGCCGUCAAUCUACACGUGCCUAACCAUAAUUGCCAGCAAAUCGGAUACCGACAGUAUUAAAAGCCUGUUAUGCGCAUCCAAUCGACUCUCUGAUCGCUUCGAGCGAAGCCGCUACCAGUCCGACAUGCAAAACCCUGUAUCUGUCAGUGAUUGCCGUGAUGAGUCCUCGAUGCUCGAGUCUGCAUCUGAUCCUCCCGUCCUCAGCAUCGAGUCUCCCGCCGCUCCUCCGCAUUGGGCCCAGUAUCUCAUCCCGUGUCCCACCGAAGAGACUUCCUCGAGUCCUAGUCAGAGUUCUCUCUUUACUCAGCUCGAUACUCACACUUGCAUUGUCGAGAACCGUGCUCGCACUCGACCGCCUACUUCUUUCUCCGGCACCCUGCCUCCCAACUGCGACGACUAUGAGCUGGCCCUCGCCAUCAAGCCUCAGGUCACAAAGCAUUUCGUUAAAAACCGCAGAGCAUGGCUUCGCAAAGAACUAGCCCUCCUUGAGUCCGACCGACGAGCUGGUGCUCGCGUGACCGGGGCUUCCAUUGCCCGAGCUUUGAAGCCGACCUGCACCCGCCCCGACAAACCUAGGCACACCGCCCUCCGUAUUAGUGCCCCUACCCGUCAAGAUAAGGACUUCACUCCGCUGGCCGAUUAUCCCCCCCCUCCCCCCCGUGGGACUCGCUGGCCGAUCGAACCAAUAGCCUUAAAGCGGAAUGGACAGGAGAGCCCGUCGACCUCACCAACGACUCCUACGUGUGACCAACUUCAUCAUGAAGAGGUGUCGUUCGCUCGCUCGCUCGCUCGUUAGGACUAGAUUGCGCGACAUACCUGACGAGCAAUCGACGUAUCUUACUACAAGCGACCGCAAUUCUUGCGAGCUGGCAGAGAGUUCCGUAAGACAGAUGCACAGCAAGCCUGCUGUAUUGAUGUCAAUACGGCCUCGAAGCUAUGAGAUUCCUUGAAUAACGCUUGAUGGUUUGAUGCCUAUUGGAUGAAAAAGCACUUAGCGGACCCCAUCAAUGGCAUGACUCUCGACUAGAAGUUGCUAUCUACGACGGGCUCGAUAGCAGAACCCGUAGAUUGCUCAAGGUCUUUAUCAAGCUCGGAUGGAAGAAGCUGCACAAAUACUACAACCGUCUGACUAGCGCAGCUUAUGUCGGCGCUGUUGUCUUCAACCCGGCGAAGAAGUGG